GUAGUAUUUACCGGUGAACACUAGAUGUCAGCCCAUCAACAGUGUAUCUAAUGCGGGUACUGUGGCCACUAGGUGGUAGCUCUGCACCAGGAUUUCCUCCUCCCAGGUCGUCGAAACAACAAACCGAACUACGGAGCAAGCGGGGUGAGAGAACGUCCGAAACCGCCUCUGACCGCGACUUUUAAACUCUUUUUACUGAAUUGUAGUGGAAUUCAGACGGAGGCUGUAUAAGAAUAGUAAAAGUUCUGCUGGGACUGCAUUUCACAACAAGGUUACAUGCAACCUGUCCCUGUCUUGUAUUUUCUGAGGAUCUCAAGCCAGUCAUAAGUUGCAGUUAUCCAGAAGAUGUUACAGAAAUGAUAGCAGCACCAGAAAUACCAUCAGAGUUCUCCUUUACUCAGGAUACAGACACUCGAUUCUCUUCAGACACAGACUUCUCUGAGGAUCUCGAUGGAAGGAGUGCAACCCCAGCUAAAGGAAAGGGUGGAAAGAAGGGGAAGAAGGCAGCAGGGGAGAAAGGCAAAGGAGGGAAGGGAGCAGGUCGGAUAAAUGGCCACCACCAGGAGAAUGGCAUGGAAAACAUGAUGCUGUUUGAGGUGGUGAGGCUGGGCAGGAGUGCAAUGCAGUCUGUUGUUGAUGACUGGAUUGAGUCUUACAAACAUGACAGAGAUGUUGCGCUACUAGAUCUCAUCAAUUUCUUCAUCCAGUGCUCGGGAUGUAAAGGUGUCGUCAGUGGAGAAAUGUUUCGCAACAUGCAGAACUCUGAGAUCAUUCGACGAAUGACGGAGGAAUUUGAUGAGGACAGUGGGGACUACCCUCUAACCAUAGCAGGACCCCAGUGGAAAAAGUUCAAAUCAAGCUUUUGUGAAUUCAUUUCGGUGCUAGUGCGCCAGUGUCAAUACAGUAUCAUCUAUGAUGAGUACAUGAUGGACACAGUCAUCUCCCUUCUCACUGGACUAUCAGACUCCCAAGUCCGAGCCUUCAGACACACCUCAACACUGGCAGCCAUGAAGCUGAUGACAGCCCUGGUGAAUGUAGCUCUGAACUUAAGCAUCAACAUGGACAACACUCAGCGACAGUAUGAGGCAGAGAGGAAUAAGAUAGUGGCCAAAAGGGCUAAUGACAGACUGGAGCUGCUUCUGCAGAAACGCAAAGAGCUCCAAGAAAAUCAGGAUGAGAUUGAAAAUAUGAUGAAUGCAAUAUUCAAAGGAGUGUUUGUUCACCGAUAUCGUGAUGCGAUAGCAGAAAUCAGGGCCAUCUGUAUAGAAGAGAUUGGAGUGUGGAUGAAACUCUAUAGCGAUGCCUUCCUCAACGACAGCUAUCUGAAGUAUGUGGGAUGGACGAUGCAUGAUAAGCAAGGUGAGGUACGUCUCAAGUGUCUGACAGCUCUGCAGGGACUCUACUACAACAGAGAACUCAAUGCAAGACUGGAACUCUUCACCAGUCGCUUCAAGGACCGUAUUGUCUCCAUGACUCUUGACAAAGAGUAUGAUGUUGCAGUUCAAGCAAUUAAACUACUCACUCUUGUAUUGAAUAGUACUGAUGAGGUGUUGACGCCUGAGGACUGUGAGAGUGUCUAUCACUUGGUCUACUCGGCACACAGGCCUGUCGCCAUUGCAGCUGGAGAAUUCCUCUUUAAGAAAUUGUUCAGCCAGCGAGAACCAGAAGAGGAAGGUGCCCCCAAGAGGAGAGGCAGACAAAGCCCCAACGCCAACCUCAUUAAGACCACUGUCUUCUUCUUCCUGGAGAGUGAGCUCCAUGAGCAUGCAGCCUACCUAGUGGACUCUCUUUGGGAAUGUGGUGCAGAGCUACUGAAGGACUGGGAGUGUAUGAUUAGCCUACUCCUAGAUGACCCAUUGCCAGGGGAGGAAGCUCUUACAGACAGACAAGAGACAGCCUUGAUUGAAAUCAUGCUGUGCACUGUACGCCAGGCUGCUGAAUGCCACCCACCUGUUGGAAGGGGCACAGGAAAGAGGGUGAUGACGGCCAAGGAGAAGAAGACUCAGCUGGAUGACAGAACCAGAAUGACAGAGCUGUUUGCUGUGGCUUUGCCCCCUCUACUGGCCAAGUAUGCUGUGGAUGCAGAGAAGGUGACUAACUUGUUGCAGCUGCCUCAGUACUUUGACCUGGAAAUUUAUACCACAGGACGUCUAGAGAAGCACCUGGAAUCCCUGCUGCGUCAGAUCAGGGAAAUUGUGGAGAAGCACACAGACACUGAAGUUUUGGAGGUCUGCUCCAAGACUUACCAUGCCCUCUGCAAUGAGGAAUUCACAAUCUUUAACAGGGUGGACAUUGCUCGCUCACAACUGCUGGAUGAGCUGGUGGACAAGUUCAACAGGCUACUGGAGGAUUUUUUACAAGAGGGUGAAGAUGCUGAUGAAGAUGAUGCUUAUCAGGUUUUGUCAACUCUAAAGAGGAUCACAGCUUUUCACAAUGCACAUGACCUGUCGGGGUGGGACCUGUUUACCAGCAACUUCAAGCUGCUCAACACAGGCAUAGAGAAUGGAGACAUGCCUGAGCAGAUAGUCAUCCAUUCGCUGCAGUGUACCCACUAUGUGAUCCUGUGGCACCUAGCCAAGUCAUCUGAGGGCAGCUCCAGAAAGGAUGACAUGGUGACCCUGAGGAAGCAGAUGAGGGCAUUCUGUAUGAUGUGUCAGCGCUACCUCACCAAUGUCAACACAGCCGUCAAAGAACAGGCAUUCACCAUCCUAUGUGAUCUCCUGCUCAUCUUCAGCCACCAGAUGGUGUCCGGAGGUAGGGAACACCUGGAGCCUCUGGUCUAUUCCCCAGAGGACUCGCUGCAGUCUGAACUGCUCUCUUUCAUCUUGAAUCAUGUCUUCAUAGACCAGGAUGAUGACACAAAUAGCACAGAUGGGCAACAGGAUGAUGAGGCAGUAAAGAUUGAAGCUCUGCACAAGAGGAGAAACCUCCUUGCUGCCUACUGUAAACUGAUCAUCUACUGUGUGGUAGACAUGAAGACGGGAGCUGACAUCUUUAAACAGUACAUGAGGUAUUAUAAUGACUAUGGUGACAUCAUCAAGGAGACUAUGAGUAAGACUCGGCAAAUCGACAAAAUUCAAUGUGCCAAGACACUCAUCCUCAGUCUGCAGCAGCUGUUCAAUGAAAUGCUGUCUGAACUGGGUCAUGGGUUUGAUCGCUCCUCCUCUUCAUUCUGUGGAAUCAAAGAGUUGGCCCGACGUUUUUCUCUAACCUUCGGUCUCGACCAAGUCAAAACCAGGGAUGCUAUCGCUAUGCUGCACAAGGAUGGUAUCGAGUUUGCAUUUAAGGAUCCUAGUACCCAUGGAGAGGGAGGCCCUCCCCUUAACCUGGCUUUCUUGGACAUCCUCAGCGAGUUCUCCUCCAAGCUUAUGAGACAAGACAAGAGGACUGUCCACAUGUACCUGGAGCGCUUCAUGACGUUCCAGAUGGCACUGCAGCGAGAGGACUGCUGGCUCCCCCUCAUCUCCUACAGGAAUUCCUUGCAGGCUGGGGGUGAUGACGACACCAUGUCAGUGAUGAGUGGCUACUCCAGCAGAGGCUCCUCCAUCCGCUCCAAGAAGAUCAAGCCCCCUGCUGCUACAGCUGGAACUUCAGCAGCCAAGAGGAAGCUGCCAGAAGAGGAGAGCAGCAGCAGCAGCGAGGUGUGGCAGCAGAGCAUGCAGACCCCAGUAAUGUUGCCGUCCCCCCACCUCACCUCCACUGCCAUGCGAGACCCUAAGAGGGGCCGUGAUGACAGCUUCAUGGGGGUCUACCCCCUCCCCCACGACCAGCAGCAGCCCCACCAACACCCACAGCACCAUCAACAGACGCCUCAGCACCACCAAACACCUAUGGAUUACAAUUCCCAGGUGACGUGGAUGCUGGCUCAAAGACAGCAAGAAGAGGCACGCCAGCAGCAGGAGAGAGCCAUGAACUACGCCAAGCUCAGGACCAAUCUGCAGCAUGCUAUUCGUCGUGGUACUGGGCUCAUGGAGGAAGACGAAGAGCCGAUUGUGGAGGAUGUGAUGAUGUCAUCUGAGGGACGUAUGGAUGACCUCAAUGAAGGCAUGGACUUUGACACAAUGGACAUUGAUCUGGUAAGAUCCACAUUUAACUGUAUUAAAUGUUCAUUCAUUUGUACUUUAUUCUUUAAAUCAUUUCUUUUUUUAAAUAGAUCUUGUACAUACUGCACAGGCAAAAUCUAGGAAUGUCCUGAGGUUUUUGGGGAAAGACGACCACUAACCGAUCUUUUACCGAUUGGUUUCUGUUCUUGAAUGUUUUGACACAAAGCUCCAGGAUAACGGACCCUUUUAAAACCCAACAACUUUAUCUCAUGACUAAUGUGGUUUACAAAUCCCUCUGUACCAGUUGUGAUAAUUUAACUAGAUGCUUGUAUAUGGUUAUCCCUUCCAAACUUAAACCCUAACACCUUCAGUGUCGUGCUUGGGUCUCCCUCACCUGCGUCUCUCAGACGAUCAAAUUACAUAACAGACAUCAGUUUUUUUAGACACCUAGUGAAAUUGCUUUUAAGUGGCAAAUUAGUUUGCUGUUGUUUCUACUAAUGUAACAUCUGUUCCUAGGAUAUUAAGGCCAGAUGUUGCAUCUGGAGACUCAUCGUGGUCUGAUUUUAAAGUCCCAAUACUCUCAUCGAUGUGAUGCAGCACAUUCAAUUCUUCUGAGAUACUCGGAGGACCAAAAUUCCUAAACUCUGAUACAUCUGCAAAAAUCUCCAAAAGCCCUGAAAUUCUCAGUAAGCCUAGUUAGUUCUUAAAACUCUUUCCCCCGCCCACCAGCUGAGAACUAUCAGCCCAAAGAUCCUGACUGCAUGUCCGGCGGUCAGCUGAACCACCCCGGGCCCAUGUGGAGUCAAACAAAACCCUUUACUGCCUUAGAAAGCCGUGUGGUGCAGAUUGGGCUGUGAAAACCCAUUAUAUGUAAUGUGAUUUUCUUCAUUAGCACAAUCUGUUUUUUAAUCAUUUUCUUUUGAGUGUUGAAUUUUAAAGACUACCAAUCAAAUAAUGUCUUAUCAGUGUUAGGAAGGGCAGCUCAGCACUCAUCAAUCUGAGCUUUUCUUUGUUUUAUGGCCCAAUAGUUCCAGAAUGGGUCAGCCCCUUUCAGGGAUUUCUUUCCAUUCAGUUUGAUUUUUGUUACAGCUUAAUAACUAAGUUGGCUUUUUUUUAUGCCUGAGACCAUAAUAUAUCCUGAUUUUAUUACAUUUCAGUUAUUGGUUUUGCAUGCAUACUCUGCCUGCAUGGGGAAUAACCAGUUAGUUAUUCUAAGAAAAGACUGAUUGGUUUUAGCAUGCAAAAAUCAAUAACAAGCAGCUUGUGUUGAUCUUUGCAUACAACAUCAAAAUGAGUAAAGAGGACGAGUAGAUCAUCAAAAAGAAUUGUCGGCUGUGGGGAAGGAUAUAUCUGUUUUUUUUUCUUUUUUUAAUGACGAUGAAAGACUGUCGAAGGUGCCUUGCAACUGUCUCUACAACUGGAGGCAGCAUGACUAAUUUAUUUGGCCAUUUACCACAGAACCAUGUAUGAGGAGUUUAAAGCUAGAACUAAAUUAGAUUACAGACAAAUGUCUGUUUUGGAUGCUUGCGCUAGUGAUGCAUUCUAUAAGAAAGGAUCCAAAUGUCAUGUUGAAUCAGCCAUAAAAUUGAACUGCCCUAGUUUUUUUUCUAUGUUCACUUCAUUAGUUGCAUGGGUGUCAAAUUCUUUCCAAAUUGAGCUGUAGAAGUUUAUUGCUGCAAAUAGCUGCUGACAUUUUCUAACUUUUUUUUUGGGGGGGGGGGGAAUAAACAAAUCU